UGUUGUCAUAGUUCUUUGUUAUUAGUAAUUAUUUUGAUUAAAUGAUAAUCUAAAAUUUUCUUAUAUUAUAUAAAUUUUAAUAUUCUUAAAUGUUAAGUAGAUAAUAAGUUUUUACAUUUUAAGUAUUUAUUUGAAAAAUUUUUUCUUCAAAGUUGUAAUAUGAAAGAUAAUUUGACAUCAAUAUAAAAUAUAUUACAUUGGCCUUAGACAAAUUUUAUUUUGCCAUUGUCAUCUUCUUGGGGGAAUAUUAUACAAUAUACAUAUAUAAGAUACAUAUAUUUAUCUUAAUUUAGCCUUGAAGAUCUUUCAUGUUUGUUGGUCUAUUAAUUAAUUGCAAAAAUCGAACGUUUAUUUGAAUUAUACGCAAAUGUGGCCAGGAAGAUGGAUAGCGUUUUUGAGGCAUAUUUAGGACCAGAUGGAGCAUUAGCUUUAACAGCUGAACCAGAUGAUAUACCAAAGACAAAUGCCGAUGUAUGGAUUUUAGGAAAACGAUAUAAUUCCAUAAAUGAGCUUGAGCUUAUUAGACGAGACAUACGUUCGCGAUUAUGGUGCACAUAUAGGAGAGGAUUUGUUCCUUUAGGUGAAUCUCAACUAACAACAGACAAAGGCUGGGGAUGUAUGCUCCGUUGUGGUCAAAUGUUGUUAGGUCAAGCUUUAAUUGAUUUGCAUUUAGGAAGAGAUUGGUUUUGGACUCCAGAGACACGAGAUCCAACUUAUUUAAAAAUAGUCAAUAGAUUUGAAGAUUCUAGAAAAUCUUAUUUUUCUAUACAUCAAAUUGCUUUAAUGGGAGAAUCUGAAGAUAAGAGAGUCGGUGAAUGGUUUGGACCAAAUACAAUUGCACAAGUUUUGAAAAAACUAGUUGGAUAUGAUGAUUGGUGUUCAAUAGUUGUUCAUGUUGCUUUAGACAAUACAAUAGCAACAGACGACAUCGAUAAAACUUGUGGAACAGGUUCAGUUUGGAAACCAUUAUUAUUAUUAAUACAAUUGAGGCUCGGUUUAAGUGAUAUUAAUCCCAUUUAUAUACCAGCAUUAAAAAAAUGCUUUCAAUUGGUUGGCAGUUUGGGUAUGAUCGGUGGUAAACCAAAUCAAGCAUUAUAUUUUAUUGGAUACGUAGAAGAUGAAGUAAUAUUUCUUGAUCCACAUUAUACACAACGGUCUGGAUCUGUCGGAACAAAAACGUCACAAAAUGAAAUUGAAUUAGAUGAGACUUAUCAUCAAAAAUAUGCUCAACGAAUUCAGUUUAAUCAAAUGGAUCCCUCAAUUGCUUUAUGCUUUUUCUGCAAAACUCGUUUUUCCUAUGAAGUCCUAUUAAAUGAAUUAAAGAACGAAGUCUUAAACUCUGGAAAUCAGCCAUUAUUCGAAAUUACGAAAACUCGAUCAAUGCCAUGGAUAUCGCCAACUACUAGCUAUUCAUCACAAACCACAUCAAACAGAAGAAGAACGAAAUCUGAAGAUUUUGAAGAGGUUCAAAAUGAAGAAAAUAAUAAAGGAGAUGACUCCGAUGAAGACUUUGAAAUUAUUUGUUAGAUUUUUUGUAAUUUAGCUUUUUUCAUGUUCAUAUACAAAUUAAAAAAGUAAAAAGGAUUAAAAAAUUUUUAUGGAAAA